UAUAGGUUAUAUUAUUUAUAUAGAAAACAGUGAAUGUAUACAAUAAAGAAAGAAUCCUUGAAAUAAUUGAAAUAUAUAUUAAAAUUAUUGUUACGCAACAAUGAAAGUAUUAUUAAAUAUCACCUGUCAAAUACAAAAGUAGCCUAGCAUUUUUAAGGUUAGAUUUUACCAAUGAUUCGAAUGGUAAAUUUGAAAAUAUAUUUUUUACACGAGUAUGAUUUUGGCGCUCAAUUAUAGUGUCAAUUAUUAUACACUUUUACUCUCCUAAAAAUACCACCCGACUCUUAUUUAUAAAAAUAAUAAAAGUCAAAAUGUUUGGGAGCAUAAAGAAUUUUAUUCGAAGACACAGUCGCAAAUUUGCUGUCUGCGGUUUAAUUGCCAGCAGUUAUAUUAUAAUUUCAAGAUACAGCCAUCGUAAAAUAAUCGAAUGGCACAAACAGGAAGUACAAAAAAGAGUAUUAAAUUCAAAACGUAAACAACAUUAUGAGUGUACAGAAAAAUCUUGUGUUCAAGCGAUUUACAAUUUGGGCAGAUGUAUAAAAAACUCUGUGUUGAAAUACAUCAGCAGUCAAGAGAUAAUAGACAAAUUGAAAGACGGUAAUUGUGAUAAAAUUGCCUGUUGGAAUGAAUUGAAAGUAAACUCAAUUUGCAAAUCAGUUAUUAUAAUUUAUGCGGACAUCAUGGUUGUUCUGAUAAUGCAAAUUCAAUUGAAUUUAAUAAGCGCGCUGAUGUUUGUUGAUUCAAACAAAAUGGAAGAUGAGCGCGAGUUGAGAAGAAUCCAGGAAAAUUAUUUGAAUUUAAGUAAUUACUUUAUUGAUGGCGGCAUUAAACAGCUGAGUUUAUUUAUAAAACAAAAAGUUGAGCAAGUGCUCAAAUCAAUUUCAUUGAAAGAUAAAUUUAAUUUAAAAGAAUUAGAACAAAUUUACUUAGGCAUCAUGUCAAGUAUAUUGGCUGACAAGAAUGGAGAUCCUGUUAAAAAUUUCCGGCAAUAUGUAUUUCCACCGACGAUAAAUACUGAAAAUAAUAACAGAUAUAAAGAAAUAAUUAACGUGACAUUAGAUUUGCUAGAUGGCCAAGAAUUUCAUAGUCUGAUGCAGUCAAAUGUUAGAAGCGGGUUUGUUUUGAUGAUUGAUAAAAUUUCAGAAUCUUUUGACAAAGCGGUAAAUAAAAAUAGUGAUAAUUCUUCCUCGAUGACAGAAGAAGUGGCAGAAAAUUAUCUUAUAGUUCAUAAUUUAGAAAAUUCAAAAUUACCUAUGGCCAAAAUAAUUCCAAUAGUAAAUAAUUUGUUUCCGGAUAUUUCUGAGGGAAAUGACAUUCAUGACACCUGGCUUAAAUUUUUGAUCGCUAAUCAUCAAUUGAAAUCUUUCGGUGCCAACAUUUAUGAAGCAUUUAGUCCUUAUCAAUAAUUAAAGCAUGUAAUUUUUUUUACGCAAUGAAAUAAAAAUUCACCGAUAGAAUAUUUAUUAUUUUUUCUACUGUUACAUUCUGGGGUAUUACUGCAGAAUAAUUAAAAAUAUAAAUAAUUUUAUAUUAUUAACUUUAAUGUUCAGGUUUGACAUCAUUAGGGUAUCUAUCGACCCCAGGCGUGCCCGUCGUCGAUUAUUAGUGAUUAAGAAUUUUUCAAGUAUUUUAUUAGGGUUGUAUAAUAAAUGGUACACCAAACUCAAUAAAUUUAGGUAUGUUUUAAUUAAUAAUAUUAAUUAUUGAGUCGUCAGUCAGUCAGUCAGUGACUUAGAUGUUCGUCGGCUGACUGCCUGUUCUGUCUCCGCAAAUCCAGUACAAAAAAUUAUAAAAUUGUAAAUCGUCCAACGUCGUAUCUCAGGUUACCCUAGCGAACGUCCUCGAGGCCCGGGUCUCAUGCCUCGUCAUGAGUUUAGACUACGGGCCGCGACGGUGUUCGCGGAAAUCGCUUAUCUGCUGUAGUUACUCUGAUGAAGAAUUUUUCUUCACCAAAGUUUUAUUAUAUAUUACCAAAAGAAAUUUUAAAAUUUUAUUUUAAUAUAAUUAAAGCCAGAACGUAACUCUACUAUCUAUUAAUUUAAUUUAUGUAUAAAAUGAAUAAAUUUGAAAGUAAAAAUAAAUAAUGUAUAGAAAAUGUUUGAAAUUUUUUUUAUAGAAUAAAAUUUUGUAAUAAAUUUAAAA